AUGGCCACCACUGUCCCUAUUAACUCACGUGUUUCACGCAUGCAUUACUACACCACUGACGAUGAGGAAGACAACGACGACGUUAGGGACAGCGACCUAGACGACGAGUACGAGGACGACAACAAUGUUAACGGCGAGGAGGAAAAAUUAGAACCCAACAAGAUGGUUGGUAACGGGAAGUGUUGGUCUGGCGGCGGUUCCCGGCGAGAAGGUUGGUCUCUGGGUCGGGUUCUGUUGGACCCGAAAGCGAAAUGGGUUCAAGAAUGGAACCGGAUAUUCCUGCUGGUUUGCGCGACCGGGUUAUUCGUGGACCCGCUAUUCUUCUACACGCUCUCCAUAAGCGACACGUGUAUGUGUCUCUUCGUCGAUGGGUGGUUCGUCAUCACCGUCACGGUGCUCCGGUGCAUGACGGACACGUUGCACCUCUGGAACAUGUGGUUGCAACUACAGAUGGCAAAACGCUCCAUCAGAGACACUGCCACAACCACCACACGUGGCUCUUUUGCUCUUCAUUACCUUAAGGCCAAAAAGGGCUUCUUCUUUGACCUCUUUCUCAUCCUUCCUCUGCCCCAGAUUGUGCUAUGGGUGGCAAUUCCCUCUCUGUUGGAGAAAGGAUCAAUUACAUCGGUGAUGACAGUGUUCUUAAUCAUGUUCCUCUUUCAAUACCUUCCCAAAAUUUUUCACUCAGUUUGCCUCUUGCGUAGCAUGCAAUACGUCUCUGGGUACAUUUUUGGAACCGUUUGGUGGGGUUUCGCCCUCAACAUGAUCGCGUAUUUUGUGGCUUCCCAUGCAGCAGGGUCAUGUUGGUACUUGCUGGGGAUCCAAAGGGCAGCGAAGUGCCUCGAAGAGCAAUGUGGGAAAACAAGUGGUUGUGGCCUGAAAACGCUGUGUUGUAAAGAACCUAUAUACUAUGGAACCACUAGCAUGGUGAGAGACAAAACAAGGUUGGCAUGGGCAGAGAAUAGGGAAGCAAGGUCUACGUGCUUAGAUAGCCCUGAUAACUACGACUAUGGAGUUUAUAAAUGGACUGUUCAACUUGUAACAAAUGAUAGCCGAUUGGAAAAGAUACUUUUACCUAUCUUCUGGGGCCUAAUGACUCUAAGCACUUUUGGGAACCUAGAGAGUACAACCGAACGCAUAGAAGUGAUUUUCAACAUUAUAGUAUUGACUAGUGGCCUUCUUCUAGUCACUAUGCUGAUCGGAAACAUUAAGGUGUUUUUACAUGCAACAACAUCAAAGAAGCAAGCGAUGCAAUUGAAGAUGAGGAACAUUGAAUGGUGGAUGAGCAAAAGGCGCUUGCCACAAGGAUUCCGGCAGCGUGUCCGUAACUACGAGCGGCAACAUUGGGCUGCCAUGCGUGGGGUCGAUGAAUUCCAAUUGACAAAAAAUCUCCCUGAGGGACUAAGAAGGGACAUCAAGUACCAUCUCUGUUUGGAUUUGGUGAGACAGGUGCCACUAUUUCAGCAUAUGGAUGAUUUGGUGCUAGAGAACAUUUGUGACCGUGUGAAGUCCCUUGUAUUCACAAAGGGAGAAACUAUAACAAGAGAGGGAGACCCAGUUCAAAGAAUGCUAUUUGUGGUAAGGGGUCACCUUCAGAGCAGCCAAGUCCUACGUGAGGGGGUGAAAAGUUGCUGCAUGUUAGGCCCAGGGAACUUCAGUGGGGACGAGCUACUUUCAUGGUGUCUUAGAAGGCCUUUUAUAGAACGCCUUCCAGCAUCUUCAUCCACUUUGGUCACACUUGAGACCACUGAGGCAUUUGGGCUUGAAGCAGAGGAUGUGAAGUAUGUGACCCAACAUUUUAGGUACACUUUUGUGAAGGAAAAGGUUAAGAGAAGUGCCAGGUAUUACUCACCUGGUUGGAGAACUUGGGCUGCUGUGGCCAUUCAAUUGGCUUGGAGAAGCUAUAAGCACCGUUUGACUUUGACAUCUUUGUCCUUUAUAAGGCCUCGUAGGCCUGUGUCAAGGUGCACUUCUAGGGAAGAGGACAGGCUUCGUCUCUAUACAGCUUUGUUAACCUCACCAAAGCCUAAUCAAGAUGAUUUUGACUUUUGAUUACGUUUAUAUAUGGAUGUGGAUUUUGCUUAACCUAAACCAAUGGCAAAAUAGAAGUUAUGUGUGUAAAGUUUAUGUCAAGUUCCCACAAUUGGCAUAAUUAACUAUAGUUGUUUACUUAUUUAUGUGGAUUACCUUAGGUUUAUUAGUAAAAUGUAAAAUGUAAAACGUAAUUGG